AUGGCCACAACAGACGGUCCUGCCCGGGCGCAUGAUCGCAAUGGACGCCGACGCCCGUUCGCCAGCUGGAUGAAACGACUCGCGAACCUGAAAAGCUCAACCGACUCCGGCACAAUUCGCUGGUCCAACAAACGCCACGGAUCCCCAAAGACCAAAAACCGAGGCAUCAAGAACAACCCCUACCCCUUGUCCGGCCACACCCAUGUCAUCCACCAGUCCACCAGCGACCACGCCUCCUCUUCCCACAUAAGCGACGACCAUGGUCGACGGCGGUCUCAUUCGCAGAGCGAGCCUUCAAUCACAUACUCAGGGUACGAGAACCAGGUCGCGGCGACGGGCGCCAAGUCGACUGCCCCGACCAUCUCGACAAACGGCGAGACGGCGAUUUCCGAAGCUGCAUAUUCCAAGGCGGGGACAAUGGCGACGACGACCGGCGGAGGCGUGAGCACAAUCGGCGGCGGCGAAGGAAGCACCUUUUCAUCCCCGGCGCCGUCUGUCCGGUCGCUCACGACAACGCUGACAACGGUCCAAUCCGCCGCACCCUCUACCCAAAUUUACAACACACAGAACCAUACACAUCACGGCCACCAGUACGGACAAUCCACAAACUCUGCGCCCCAAGUCCAAUUCACCCACCAAUUCCCGCCCUCCCCAGCUACUGCCGUCCCACCGCACCUCGCGCCGCACGGGCAUUCCGUCACAUACAGCGUCGCAACCGCAAACAACAUCCUCACCGACAACGCCUCGAUCCUAACCCUCGCCUCCUCGUCCAAACGCCGCCGCCGAAACUCCCUCGACACAAACGCCUCCGUUCGCGCCCUCGCACCGUCGUCCGUCUUUGGCGGCAGCCGCGAGAGCCUACCGCUAAGCGUCCUCAGCGGCGUCGGCGAGGCCUCGAAUACCUCGGUACUCAAUGCCCCGGGCGUCCUUAGCAGACCGAGCCUAGUCGGCCUCGCAAGCGCAGAACGCGCAAGCGUGUACUCAUCCUCCGGCGCAGCACCGGGCGGCGAACGCGGAAGCUUUUACGCGGGCAAGCAGGGCACGGUGGCAGGCGACGGCGCGAGUAUCCGCAGCGGAGUCCACUCGCAUACGCGGCAGGAUAGCAACGCAGCAAGCAUCUCGGGUGUCGGCGCACAACCCAUCCUGCCGGGUCGAAUCAGUCGGCGGAGCUCGGGGUGGGGUGAGAUUACGGGGGAGGGCGAGGAGAGCCUAGAGGAGAAGGCCGAGCUCAAGGACGCGAAUGCGAAUAAGGUUGAGGAGCGUUAG